GGGAGGCGUAACUUCCGGUAUUGGAAUCAUGUGACCAAAUUGAAAUCUUAUGACACGGGACUUCCUGUUUUAGCCGGACAAGACAGAAGAGAAACACCGUGCUCAUUACAGACAUUUCGGUGAUGUUCUGGUAAAAGUAUUACGGGGUCCUACAGGAUGCUUGUGCCAGUUCAAGCUACCACCUCCAGAUGACUUUCUCCAGCUAAAGUCCAGCUUCUUCCCUCCACCACCAUGUCUACCGAACAGCAGACCUCUUCUCCACCCCAGCCCAGCCCAGAGUGCUUUUCCUGGGACUAUCGCCUCCAGCUCAUCGGCCUUGGCUUUGGGUUCUACACAGCUGUAUUUCUCCUCUCCCACCUCCUGUCACUGGCUUUGUGCCACACCUACAAUGCUCUCUCCGCCAAGGAGAAGGUCUUCUGGAACCUGGCCGCCACUCGGGCAGCGUUUGGCAUACAGAGCAUGGUGGCAGGACUCCGGGCUCUGACUGAGGAGUCCGCCUUAAGCAAAGACAAAGUGAGGGGCCAGGAGGACUGGUCGUGGUUUCACGUGCUCACAGCGACGGGCUUCUUCCUGUUUGAGAACGUAGCACUUCAUGCAUCCAGCGCGGUGUUCCGGUCAUUCGACCUUCCUCUGGCCACGCACCAUUUCUUCGCCCUGUCAGGAUUCGCAGGCGCUGUGGUGUUUGAUUCUCAGGGACACUUCCUGGCAAUGGUUACCCUCCUACUGGAGAUGAGUACGCCUUUUACCUGCAUCUCAUGGAUGCUGCUGAAGGCUGGCUGGGCUCGCACUCUCUUCUGGAGAGCCAACCAGUGGCUGAUGAUCCACAUGUUCCACUGCCGCAUGGUGCUCACCUAUUACAUGUGGUGGGUGACUCUGACCCACUGGGAAGGGAUCAACGCCCACGUGGCACUUUUCCAAAGGCUGAUCUUCUUCUCGGGACUCGCUCUGCUCACGUUCAUCAUCAACCCCAUCUGGACGCACAAAAAGACCAUGCAGCUGCUAAAUCCUGUGGACUGGAACUUUGGGAACAAGCCGGCACCGGUUAACGGCACCUCAGGACAGCGGCCUGCGGUGUCUGCAAAACCCCACGAAAGCUGAAAAGCGUUUAAAAAGGUCCCAAAAUGUUAAACUUGCUCUGCUUUUCUAAUCUGCUUCUGAUAGUUGAAGUUUUGGAUUAUGACUAAGACAUAAAAAGCACCUUGGCGAAGGGACGAUCAUGUGAUCUAAUCACGCUACGUGUCGCCACAUGGUUUACCGCCAGGAUGUUUUGCGUGGAUUUGUUUAGAAUAACUUUUUUUCCAUCUUAUUUAAUUAUUUUUUUUAAAAAGUGUAAUUUUUCUUAUGCGUUGCUGUGAUCUCAUUUAUAAUAAGACAUGUCGCAAAAUAGUGGGAAAUAUUUCUAAAUUAUUGUCAUUAUGUGUUACGAUGAUGAAAUUGUUGAUGGGGCAGACACCGGCUCAGAAGACCUUGAGUCCCUUUACAGACGAUUAAUAUUACUGCGCAGUUGCGUGAAUGUGUUACACGCACGCACAGAUGGGCUGUUUCCUCUCUCACUGACGAAGUAACGCUGCCCUUGUUGCACACAUGACAGAGUUUUAGUUCUAAUUUGAGGAAAUUGACUUCUUUGUUGGGUCCUAAGGGAACGGAUUAGUUUGCAGGGGUCUCGGCGCGCGAGUCUUCCCACAUCAGAGAUUUGUUAGUGCCAUGACACUGAAAGCCUUUCUCCUCUAUCGGUGGCAGAAAGCCCGAGGAUUGUUGCCUCCACAAAGGCCUUACUGUCUGAAACGGAGAUGCAGCAUGGCAAAAAGUGAAACGGUAUUGACAACAGAACGUGCAAGUUACAUUUAAGAUGUAUUUUAUGUUGUAAGAAAUUUACUUUAAAUGUUUUAACAUAAGUGAGUUUUCUUUGCUCACAGUAGCUUUAUAAUGUCAUAUCUGGCAGUUUUUUUUUUUUUUUUUUUUUGUAUGUGCUACAAACACUUGCUACAUGUUUUUUGUGGGCCCUGAUGCAUCUCACUAAUCCAGGUAAAAAAACAAAACGUGUAGGUCCUCUGGACAGGUUGUUUGUUAAAGGCAAGGCAAGUUUAUUUAUAUCGUACAUUUCAGUAACAAGACGAUUCAAAGAACCAUUCCGGAGAGCGUACUUUAAUUUCUAUGGGCUUUUUUAAUGUAUAAGUUACAAUUUUGGCCUAAAAUAUCCUCAAAAUGACACAGCUGGAAUUAAAUAAGGUGCUUAAAUAUUUAAAUUCAAAAAUCAUAACCACUGCGGGGUACCAUGUGUAAUUCCUUAAAAUAUGCUGAAUUAGAUCAGUAUGCACUUGAAUAAGACAUUGUAGUGGAUGGUAAUUUUUCUGGUCUGGUUAAAGUAUUAUGACUCAGGUCAAUGAAUAAUAUGGUCUUGGUCUAAAUAAUUUAACAGAGGGAGAGAGAGAUAUAUUUGGAAAGCUUUUGUGAGUUUAUUGUUAUAUAUUCCAAUGAGAAUAUUGAUUAUUGUUGACCCUCAAUUUCCUUGCUCCUCUCUUUUCUAUAAUUACCACCUCCUUUACAAAUCAGCACAGCAUCUUGGUCACUAAUAUCUAUAACAUAAGCAUUAAAACAAUGGAAGAAGCCAACUAUAUUAUUGGUAUUAUUGGUCAUGGGUAGUAUUAUUGUUAAAUUAUGGUAUUAUUGGUAAGCUGGAUUUGAGUCCAAGCCACCUGAACUAUUACAACCUACCAACUUGUAACUGAGAUAUGGCAAUUAUUGACAUUCAAUAUAUUGUGCAACCCUUAAUUGUAGAACUGUCUUAUCGUUUCUUUUUUACCCACUGUGGCUUAAUUUCGACAAAAAAGCCUUCGGUAUUUGACAUUAAUAGUUUCUAACAUUUGUGUUUUUAUUAUUUCUAUAUAAAUAACCUUUGAAAUUUAAAGGAAACCUUGCAGUUUUGCUUUCAGUUAUUGCACGUAAGCAGCACUGUGUGUUUGUGUACCCUGAAAAAUAAAAUGUGAGGUUCAAAAGCA